CCGAGAGAAACAAAACAGAGUAAUGUCCCUUGUAACAUUAUCCGCGCCUCUGACGCGACCUCUGACCUGCGAAGCAGCCGAUCGUGAAAGUGGGUGCAUGGAGACGGCAUAGCCGCGUGGUUCAUUGGUCUUAGCAACCAUUGAAUCGGUCUUGUGGGUCUGAACUAGGGUCUCACGAACUCUCCAACAGAGUGACUAACACCUGGCGCCGAGGACAGAACCAAGAGGACUGGACUAGAAAUCUGAAGAAGGGCAACUUGUGACAUUGAGUGCGCGCGACAUUGAAGAGGGAAACGGUGUCGCUAUUGAAAAGGGCCGUGUGCAAAUGAAGGCCUGGCCACUGAACGUGCCACUUGUUUAGUAAACAACAACCCUGCAAUCGAAUCAUGAAGCAUGAAGUUAACAGAACUCUGAACCAUCGUCAGGCCACAGGUCCGUGACGGCCAACGAGCUUUGUUUCUGCGAGGGUUUAAGGUGAUCAUGUCGGACCUGGAUUUGCUGUCAGACGAACUGCUAUGUCUGCUGUUUGAUGUCGACGAGUAUGCUUUGCUGUCCUCGGCUUUAAUGACCAAUGCUAGAGAGGCGACCCCUGCAAGAGGCUGCCUAGAUGUAAAGGAUCAAGAGCAAGGCGCACGGAUACAUCAUCAUGAACGACACCGACGAGAAAGGCUGGAGCCACAUUCACCACUGCGCCUACCGAGGCUACGUCAAGUCCUUAGAGCGCUUCGUGGAGGGCGACCCGGAGUCACUCGAGCUGCAGACGACAGAUGACCAAGCCAACACGCCCUUCCUUCUCGCGGUAGCCUCUGGCAACCAGGACAUGGUGGCCUGUCUAAUCAAUCUGGGAGCAAAGGUGGAUGCGAUCAACUCGCAGAACCAUGGCGCCGUGGAGAUAUGCGCACUCAAGCAUCACAUCUCGCUGCUGCGCUACUUCCUCUCGCUGGCGCUCGACAAGCUUCCUGUCUGGAAGAACCUCCUCAAAAUGCUCGGCUCCGACAUGGAGGAGGACGCUGUUGCAGCAGGAACUUGCCUGAAAACUCUUACAGACCCCACUGAUGGCGUGAUUAACUCAGAUUGGGAACCAGUCUACUCCCAUGGCAUCGUGCCGGUUAUCAGCAAAGUGGUCAAAUCCGCCAUCACUGACGACUGCAAAGUCCCUGCCAUCCAAUGCUUACUCAAUAUGUUGGAGAGACCGGAAGUGCAGGAGCAAGUAGUCAGCAGUGGAGGGUUGCCAGCUUUUAUUAAGCUGCUCAAAUCUAACAACAACUUCGUAGUUCAGCUUUCAGCUACGGUGGUCAAGGAGCUGACCAAGAACAGAGAAUACUCGGAGAUGGCCGUCCAGAACAGUGCCAUCCAAAGCCUGCAGAGAGUACUUCAGUUUGUGAAUGACCCGGAAGUGCUUGUACCCUCUGUAGAGGCUGUGACCAACAUCGCGUCGUCCGGAAGCAAGAUGGCAGCCACAAUUGGCAGCACAGCAGGUUGCAUUGGGGCUAUUGUAAGUGUGUUCAACUCCGCAAACACUCCAAACUUGCUGUUGGCCUUGACCAAUGCCGUGGCAGCCUUAGCCGGCUCACGCGAGAACCAAACUGCCCUCGCUAACGAGGGCGUGACCCAGCAUAUAUUCAACGUAAUACUGACACAGGCCCGCCACAGGGAGGUUCAGGAGAGCGGGGUGGAGGCAGUUCACAGCCUGGCGGAGAACAACACUGUGGUGCAGAGGGACUUUCUGGACAAAGGCGCUGACCGGCUUUUGAUGCAGUUGCUGAAACGGCGCAGCGCGAGUCGCUUGCAGGAGAAGACGGCGCGUGCGCUGUGGGCCUUGGCUGGCGACGACAUCAACGAAAAGCGCGAGAUGGCAGCAGGCAUCGGCGUGCAGACGCUCAUCGAGUUCGUCAGCUCCAUGUCCGCCAGCCUCCACCUCAUCGGCUCAGAAGGGCUUGGCGCAUUGGCACAGGGACCAAAGAGCCAGCAGUCACAGAUCGCCACAGCCAAUGGGAUUCAACCUAUGGUGCGACUGCUGAAAGCCGAGAGCGAGGCCCUCGUGCUGAGUGUGAUCCGCUGUCUCAGGUACCUGUCCGUUGGCGUGGGCAACGUGCCGCAUCACAAGAACCAGAGCACCGUCUCGGGGUCACGCGGGGUCAAGCUGCUGGUGGCCCUCAUGGUUCACUCGUAUAGCGAGGAGGUGCAGGUGGAGUCUGCUUACACUUUGGGCUGCAUCGCGCUUGGUAACAGCGACACGAUGGAGGAGAUCCACAACCACCCGGACUUCAGCUACGUGCGAAUCCUCAAGAUGAUGUACGCAGCAGACAGCAGGGUGCGCGUGCUCGCCGGGUCAGCCCUGGCGGCUUUCGCCUACAACAGCAUCCAGCAGCAGCGAGAGAUCGCGGACCAUGGCGGGGUCAGGUUCCACUGCUUUGUGCCCUUUCUGCGGUCCGACAACGAGGAAUACAGGUGCAACGCUGCGUAUCAGGUUGUGGUCCUGGCACGAAUCAUUCCAGACGAGGAGCAGGCUGUCUCAUCUGCGGUGGGUAUAAAGCUGCUGGUCGACAUCCUGCAGGAGUCGCGCAACGACAACAUCCUGGCAACAGCCGCUGACUACAUCGCUUGCCUGGCCCACACCAGGGCAGGUGUUCCCUCGGCCAUUGUGUCUGUCAAUGCCAUCGAGUUUCUGUGCGACAUGUUGCUCAACCAGUCGGAACAAGUCAGGGGCAACUCCGCAAUCGCCUUGAGUUAUCUCUCUUUCAACCAUGCCGGCGAGAGGCAGCUCCUGAACAGAUGCCGUAAUGACCCCUACCUCAUGCAGGUCAUGAAAUUCUACACCAAGAGGAGCAAACUCUCCCCAUCGUUUGUGGAAGGAUGGAAACAUUGUAAGAAAGUUGGAUUGCCUCCCAUUCCUGACGGGCGACCCUCCCUGGUGCGAGCCAGACCGCCCAAGGAGGACUUGCUGCCGGUGGCCAUGCUGGGCAUGGAGGACGCGCACUGGCCGCCGUCGCGCCUGAGUGAAGAGGGACAAGCGACAGGGCGCACCUCCCAGGCGUCACGGACCUCGCACCUGUCACGCGGCUCGCGCCGGUCACGCGCCUCGCGCCAGUCACGUGGCUCGUUCCAGUCCGGACUGACCCUGCAGGCCACACAGCUGUCACUGGACACGCGAGGGACGCAAAGCUCCUUGCAGGACAUGGUACUGGUGGACGAAGCGUGAGAUGGACCACUCACCUUGGCCAUUUCUUCAUCAUCAAAGGCACUAUCAACUGGACAAGCAUUGGGGAAAGACAAAAUUCAAGACUAAAUCCCUAAAAUGUCUUCUGCUGCUGCCAGCAGUCAUAUCCGACGAGAAGCGUUUAUUUCAUUUUUUUUUAAAGGUUCAUGACCAGCCGCCUAGCCUUUACUCCACUCCCCAACCGUCCUCACCACUCGGCGGAGACACUGCCGUAUCAAACGCAAGCAACCAACCAUGCAAGUUGAUCAGCUGAACGAUACCUGACCCUCUGUGGAAUAACACUGACCAGCUGUGGGAUGACCCUUGACCAGCUGUGGGAAAUUAAUUCAAAGCUCUGCGUUUGACCAGCUGUUGGGCGAUUUUUGGCCAGCUGUGUGUUACUCUGCUCUUCUGUGUACACAGCUGAUGUUAACGAUGAAAUCUUCACACCAGUUGUUCACCUCUCAAGUGACAAGACUGGACAAGCUUGCACGGAUAGUCCAGGCUGCAUAAUCGCAUCGAAUGUCUGAGACAAUCACAGUUCUCUCUUACUGCGUUUCUGAGUUUUUAUAAUUAUUCAGAUUGUUCUUUCGAGAAAAUCUGUUUGUACUGUAACUACUACAACGAAAGUGACUGCUUGUGUUUGUGGGUGUAUUUUUUUAAAAGCAAGUGUUGUCUACAUGCGGGCGGGCGUACCUGUAUAGGUGCAUUUAUGAAUGUGUGAAGGAGUAUGCGAGAGUGUGUCUGGUGUUGUUAUCCUUCGGUGAACCCUGUAAAAUGUAAUUAAAAUAUUCAGACUGCUAACUCUUGGUCUUCAUUCCUCUGUUGUAACAAAACUAUACUCUCUCCCUCUCUCUCUCACACACACACACUCAGAGGUUGUGAAAAAGUCAUGUGAUAUUAUUGUGCAUCUGUGAUGUCGGCUCCGAUAAUAUCUAAGACCUUUACUUGGGAAGUAGUUUGUUUUACACAUCAAAUUCAUUGUCCAAAAAGUCUUUAUGUUAAGCAGGGGCAUUAAGCACCAUUAAUACCAGUUAAGCAGGAAGGCACUCAAAACCAACUACAAAUCCAACUAACUUUUGUAUUUCCAAUAUUUUACUAUGCUGGGAUGGUUGCACUGAUGUACAAAUAAAGCUUUGAAGAUGAAA